ACGAUUCUUCGGGAUGACCCGGAGAUUCUCCUCGAUGGUGCUGAUCCUGCCAAGGUCGUAGUCAAGUACUUCGACACGCUAUCAAGUGCCGAAGUCAACGCCUCGGAGACCUGCGCGAUUUGUCUCGAAAAUCUGGACGCGACUGAAGCU